GCACUUUUUCCUCGUUAGACAUUUCUCUCUUUCCUUGUCCUCACCAGAUACCCGAUUUACCUCUCCAUCGCCAUCAUGAUGUCCCGGGCAACGACUCGCACCAUCAAGUCCGCUGUCGGACAAAUCCAGGCUCGCUCUGCGUCCAACAGCGCCGCCAGCAGUACCCCCCGCCAUCUUCUCUCCAUCAGCCAGCUUAGCCCUGCCGAGUUCUCCAAGCUUGUCCUCAAUGCUUCUGCUUACAAGCAGGCCACCAAGGCCGCCUUCGCUGCUGGCCCCGGUCAGGUACCCCGCACUUUGGACGGCAAGCUAAAGGGACGGACCGUGGCCAUGAUGUUUAGCAAGCGAAGCACCAGGACCCGUGUCUCGACCGAGGCCGCUGUGGCCCUCAUGGGCGGCCACCCCAUGUUCCUCGGCAAGGAUGACAUCCAACUGGGUGUCAACGAGUCUCUCUAUGAUACUUCCAAGGUCAUCUCCUCCAUGACCUCGUGCAUGGUAGCCCGCGUCGGUCCUCACUCCGACGUCGCUGACCUCGCCAAGGACUCAUCGGUACCUGUCAUCAACGCCCUGUCCGAUGACUUCCACCCGCUCCAGGCCAUUGCCGACUUCCAGACCAUCCACGAGGCUUUUGCCACCAAGCCCGCCCACGAGGCCAGCCUCGGACUCGAGGGCAUGAAGGUCGCCUGGGUCGGCGACUCUAACAACGUGCUUUUCGACAUGGCCACCGCCUGCGUCAUGCUGGGCGUCGACAUCGCCGUCGCCUCGCCCGCCGGCUACGGCAUCCCCGACCGCAUGAAGCAGAUCAUCCUCAGCGCCGCCGAUGGCGUUGCCAAGCCCGGCAAGCUGAUCGAGACCACGGUCCCCGAGGAGGCCGUCAAGGACGCCGAUAUCCUGGUUACCGAUACCUGGGUGUCCAUGGGUCAGGAGGCCGAGACCCAGAGGCGUCUCAAGGCGUUUGCCGGCUUCCAGAUAACCAACGAGCUGGCUAAGCGUGGCGGCGCGAAGCCCGGCUGGAAGUUCAUGCACUGCCUUCCUAGGCACCCGGAGGAGGUUGAUGACGAGGUUUUCUAUGGUCCUCAGUCCUUGGUCUUUCCCGAGGCCGAAAAUAGGCUCUGGGCUGCCGUCUCUGCCCUUGAGGCUUUCGUCGUCAACAACGGCAGGAUACUUUGAGCAAGAAGCGAUAUGACAAGGUUUCUUUUGGUUGCAUCUUGGUUCCAUCCACUCUUCGUACAUCGUAAGCAUAUCAUGGCAGCAGUAAGGCAGGCGUUGUAUUCCAUGGGUUAAGGGGGUUUGGUUGCUUAAUAUAACCAUAUUCUUAGAUACACACAAAAGUUAUUGGCUUUUUUUUUUCCUCCU